GAGCGGCAGCGGCUCGCAGAGGCUGUGAAGCAGCAUCAAGUCAACCAUACUGCCGUCCGUGAACAGCCCGAAGAGCUCCUCGAAGCCGUCAAAGCCAGUUUACGAGCCAAAGUCUCGGCUCUCGCCGACGACAAUUGGAUGUACGAGGCCGAGCCGGAGCUGCCCCGUGGCUUCUGA